AUGACUUUUCACACCAAACAGGCAAAAGGGCAGGAUUUCUGAAGUCAGGCCAGGUGUGGGAUGACAAGAUUGGGCACUCUCAAUAUCUGGUAAUUGCUUAUGAGGGAAUGGAGAAUCCAGGAAGAUCCUUGUGUACAGAGCACAAGUACUGCAGAGCAGUGACAGCACUAGAUAAACUCUCAUGCAGCAACUUUGUAACUAAUACCGAUCUCUUCUCUAGUGGCUCUUUCAUAGUGCAUCCUGCUUGGGUUACCAGACCUCUCAUCCCCCAAAGGUGCUCAUGGAUUGGCCACUGUCCCCUUUUCCCGGACACACCAUGUAAGGGACUGAAGGUGCGGGAAAAAUCAGUGGACAUUGCUCAUGUUCCUGUUCUAGCAAGAAGGGAAUCUGAUGGGUUUUAUUAUCUUGGUACAAUAAAGCAGGAGAUAGAGGGCGAGAGAGGAACUUUCCUGGUAGAGUUCGACAAACCACUUGCAUCAGGUGACAAGUAUUCAGUAUGUGUGCAAAAAACAGCCAGGGAUGACAUCCUUGAAUAUGUCAAUGGAAUGAGGCACUCUAUACUCCCUGGAGACAAAGUGCUGGCACCCUGGGAACCAGACCUGGUCAGAUAUGGCCCUGGAACCAUCCUACUGGGCAUUGAAACACGGGAUCCCCUGAGAGCCUCAGAGGAUGAAGAAAUCAUGGUCUGUUUUUGGAAUGACAAGAAAGUGAAAGUACCACUAGGUGUGGCCUUAUGGAUUCCACCAGACACAUGGGAAAGGAUAGUGGAGACGAUUCACAUGCCCUUCACCAGUCGAUUAAAGCGUACGAACCCCCUCACCACCACUAGCUCUUACACUUCUACUUGUAGACUUCUAAGAGCCCCCAUCCAUUCAUGUGCUUUAGACGAUGGGCUAAGUAAGUACAGGUGGCCAUGGCCAUGGCUAUGGCCAUUUAUCUGCCCCCCUUUCCAUGGUCAUUGUCACAGUAUAUGCUGUUCACCAGUCCAUGUGGGAUGCAUCUGCUGCUCCCAUCCCAAAUUCAGUGCCUGGCGGCCUCUAAUAUCCACAUCUUUGCUCCCUCAAAGAAGCACUAAACAGCAAGAGUCCAAUAACAAGCCCACUGCACAACUUCUAGAAUUGGAAAGUCCAAAGGAAAAUGAACCAGCAGCAGCUGCUACUACUGCUUCUUCCUCCUCCUCCUCCUCCUCCUCCUCUGAUUUAGGAAGUGAGGAAGAGAUGGGCCUAACGAAGAGCACGGUGGUGGAUAGUGCUGUUAAUACAGAUUCCAGCCUUUUCAAAAAACUCAAACUGAAAGAUGCUGCAAGACCUGAGUGGAAGUACUGGAAGAGAAGCCACGCCAAGUCACAUCCUAGGAAUCCAGGAAUCAGCAUUCCCAGCAGCAAGUGUACAAAGGGGAAAGCAGAAUCCAGAACCAUUUUCUCCUUCGACAUGCACCCUGUGGCACCAACCGACCACAGUGCAAUGUUUGAAACUAUUGAACAGUCUCCGAGAAGACAUCUCACACUGAAAGAUGUCUUAAUCCACCAUGAUUUCAAGCCAUCAUUGGGGCCACAGGCCACUCCUUUUUUAGAGAACCUUGGAGAAAAUCAAAUAGAAUGUGAACGUCAGAGAAGAGCCUGCAUGGAACAAAAAAGAAAGAAAAAAAUCCAGCAGCAGCAGUGGGAGUGUGAAAGAGAACAGCAGGCUGAAGAGAAGUACUACACUGCACAGGAACACCGGAGGUACAUCACACAGGUCAAGUAUUAG